AUGGGCGUUGGACGAUUCAUCCACCAUUUCGGCGGCUUCUUGCUGUUCGCAGCGACAGUCUUGCUUAUCGUCGUUGACAUUACUGCUCCUGUAGUCAACGACAUCGCCAUCCUUAAGGUCGACCUUAACGAGCUGGCCCGGACCAACACUAGCCAGACCCCAACGACAAUCAACUUUGGCACCUUUGGUUACUGCAUUCUCAGAGAGAGCGGCGAUGAAUGCUCUAAGUCGCAGAUCGGCUACAACCCUGCCUCUGUCAUUUACAACGCUGCUGGAGGCAAUGUCGUUGAAUUCUCUGAUGCUGCCGAGAACACGGCCAAGGCAUUGACUUAUGUCAUGGUGCUGCACCCCGUUGCUACCGGGCUCUGCUUCAUCGCCUUCCUCCUGGCCCUCGGCGCCGGCACAUUGGGCUCCCUGAUGUCGUCGCUUGUCGCCCUCCUGGCCUUCUUUGUCACUAUUGUCGCCCUGGCCUGCGACUUCGCUGGCUUCGCCAUUGUCAAGAGACGGGUCAACAAUGCAGACAUCGACCUCAACGCUGAGUGGGCUGUCGGUAUCUGGCUCGUCCUUGUCGCUGCUGUCCUCGCCCUGGCUGCCACCAUCAUUGUCUUCUUCACCUGCUGCUCGGGCCGUCGUCGCCGCAGCCGCGAGAGCAAGAAGAUGGCUGCCUACCAGUCCUCCCCUACCCGCUACUAA